GCAGGAGCCCCGCCAGGAGCUUGGAGACUCAGAGGGUAGGCAGGGGAGAAGUCAGUCUGGGCAGAAAGCACACUCACAGGCUGGCUGUGGAAACAGCCCUCCCAGCUCAGAGUCUGGAGAACAACUGAAGAAAAUAAAGAGGCCAGCAAGGGCAGAGAGUGAAAAAGAGAGGGUCUCGAAUCCUCACAACUUCUACUCAAGCUUGGGCAACUACAAAAGGGAGAAAGAAGGAAUCCUAAAUCAUCUUCCUUGUUGAAAAGUUUCUCUUCAGGCUGCGUGAGCUAGAAGGCUGCAGGGAAUGGAACUCCCUCGAUGACUCUGCCUUUCUCUACGCCCUCCCCACUGCACACCCAAGACCCGCUCCCAACCCGUCCCAGUGUCUCCUGUCUGGGCCCAGCCUGCCCACCACGCUCACCCAGGAAGCUGCAUCUUUCACCUGGGCCGAGCCCCUCAGCAUCCGAGGCGCAGCAAGAGACCUCAAGUGGCCGCAAGGGAAUUCGAGACGCGCAGUGGCUACUAAUGCCCUCUUGCGGCCACGUUGGAAAUGGCAAGUUGCCGGAGAGCCAAGAUCGAACUUCUUAGAGACAAUGACACAUCUCCGCCCUCCGCCCAGCAUGUGUGUCUCAUCCCCUGAGGCCUCACCCGCUCCUCCCAGGAACCUUCCCAGGCCGAGUUCCCACUCAGCCCCUCCCACGGCCCACUCACACCGGGCAGGUUCUCUAGGGACCCAGCGCUCUAGCUCCACAGCUGGUGUUACUUCUAUUUGCACAGGAGAGAAGCGAGGAGCUGUGAUGGGCACUCAGAAAGGCCCCUUUGGGGUGCAAAGCGCCACAGGGCCCUCCUGGACUGGGUCUGGAAGGUGGGAGGGGAGGGGAUGGUAGAGGGGGCACUCGGGUUCCUGAGCCCGGCCCCACGCCCGGGGAGGCAGGAACCCCGCUCCCCAGGCCCUAGGGAGCCAGCGGUGAGCUUCGCCUGCUGCUCUGCACUGACAGCCUCAGGACGAGCUGUUGUGGUUGCAUCUCCUGCUCCCCUGGCAGCAAAAGGGCAAGGCUUAGGGAACUGGGGCCCGGAGCGGCCUCCUUCCCCCGGCGAUUUGGGAGCCUGGUGUCCCGCCCACGGGGAACACCCUGCGCGUUUUCCUCUGUUGACUCUGCUGAUCCGCUCCCACCCCUGCAUACCUUCCCCUUCCUUCACAGAUAGAAACGCCCGGCCCCACCGGCUCCCCAGGCGGGUUGGCCGUGCCGGGAUCCCCUCUGGGACCUGGGCUGGGAUGCCCUGCUGGUUCCUGUGUCCCACAAGGACACGGAUUCACAUUGGCUCAGACCUCGCAGCUGCUGACACAGGAGCAGCCGGGGAAGGCGACGGCAGCAAGGGAAAGGAAUCAGCAGUGGGAGUCCAGGCGCCAGUGCUGAGGAACCUCGGAGGCCUGCCUGGGCCGUGCCACCUCCUCUUGCCUUCCUUCCCUAAGCCAGCUUGUACCAUGUCUGUGAGCAGUGGAGAGAUGGGCCCGUCACUGACCCAGGAAAUCCUCAGCCACCUGGGCCUUGUCAACAAGCCUGCAGCUUGGGGCACGCUGGGCACUCUCAGGACCUUCCUGAGCUUCAGUGUGGACAAGGAUGUGCAGAGGCUCCUGAGAGCCAUCACAGGCCGAGGCGUGGACCAGGGUGCCAUCCUGGAGGUGCUCACGAAUCGAAGCAGAGAGCAACGGCAGCUCAUUUCCCAGGCCUUCCGGGAGCGCACCCAGCAGGACCUGCUGAAGUCCCUGCGGGUGGCCCUCUCUGGAAACCUGGAGUGGAUCGUGGUGGCUCUGCUGCAGCCUUUGGCCCAGUCUGACGCCCAGGAAUUGAGGAAGGCCUUGAAGGGCUCAGGCUCUGCUGAGGAUGUGGCCGUGGAAAUUCUUGCCACCCGAGCCCCGCCACAGCUGCAGGAGUGCCUGGCAGCCUACAAACACAGUUUCCAGGUGGACGCUGAGGAGGACAUCAAGUCUGAGACCAGCAGCAUCUUGCAGGACCUGCUCCUGGCCCUGGCCAAGGGAGGCCGUGACAGCUACUCUGGGAUCAUUGACUACAAUCUGGCAGAGCAGGACGUCCAGGAAAGCAUGGCUGGCUCCUUCCUCCACCCCAGGCACUACGGCAAGUGGAAGGCCCGUGGGUCCCGAUCUUCACCCAGCGCAAUCCUGAGCACCUCCUUCGAGUGGCGCACAGGGCGAGCGCUGGAGGAGGCUGUGCGAGACCGUUUCCAUGGAGAUGCCCAGGUGGCCCUGCUCAGCCUAGCCUCAGUGGUCAGGAAUACACCGCUGUACUUUGCUGACAAACUUCACCGGGCCCUGCAGGAAACUGAGCCCAAUUACCAAGUCCUGAUGCGCAUCCUCGUCUCCCGCAAUGAGACUGACCUUCUAAGCAUCCGGGCUGAGUUCAAGAAGAAAUUUGGGGAGUCCCUCUACUCUUCUCUCCAGCGUGCCGUGAAGGGAGACUGCCGCCCGGCCCUGCUGGCCCUGUGCAGAGCUGAAGACCUUUGAGACCUCCCUGCCGUCCACCUCACGGGACAUUUAUGAAGCUGGGUCCCUGUUUGGGUGGGCCUGCAGGAUCAGUCUGGCGUCCGAGCAGAACCUUGCCUGCAGCACCACCUGUCUUUUAAACCCCUCAGCUCCCCUCAUGUCAGAAUACUGUCUGCACCUGAGUUCUCUUGCUCAUCUUGGGUGUGCGGUAAUGGGACAUCUUUGAGGACAUCUUUGAUAGUUUCUGUCCUCCUCAUCCUCUCGGACCCUGGCCAGAACCUCACUGAGGUACUUGAAUUCUUUUGGCAAAUCUCAGUACUGUUGUUUGUGUUCCCUAAUUUGAAGUUUGGGUGGAACAGGACAUGAACCAGGAAGAAGCCUUCAACUUGGUGCACCUUCAACGUGCACUUGGCUGGCCAACAGGAAUCCUGGAUCUGCCCAGUGCUAUAGUUUCCAACACGCUCUGCCCCCGGGGACUCCCCCUCCUCAUUGCCCUCUCUUCCUCAGGAAAUUUCAGGCAAAAUCACUGAAGAACAAGGUCAGAAAUGGUCA